CGAACGACUCGAGUGGUAGUGGGCGAAUCCACAAAUGUUGACAAGUAAAAGAGAAAAAAGGUGAAAUAGAAAUUCGGUUAUCUGGUGUUAAAUAAAUUCGGUUAUCUAAGUUGAAUCUACCAACACAUAGAAUUUCUCUACCAGCCCGAGAUCUCGUAUUCUACGAUUCCUCUCUAUUCCCCGAUCAGAUUUGGCCUCUUCUGGAUAUGUCAAUGGCGGAAGAUACCUCGCCCCAGCCCUUUGUGGAGGUGUUUUGUGAAAUAUCCGGCAAAGAGUACCGAUUCACAGCUGGGACCAAGGCCGAGUUCGCUGUCUCCGUCAUCAAUCGGAAACUUGGUUCCUCCAAAUCCAAAUCCAAAGCACUUUACAUCGAAGCGUCAAAGGAAGGUGAAGAGCCUAUCAGUUUCGGGGAUGGUGCUUCUCUUGUGAGUUACGGACAUGGUUGGAUGCUUAAGACAGUGAUUGCCGAUUCUGAUUUGCCUGGAACUGAGAAAGAGGGCCCUUUACAGAGACAGUUUCCUUCUGUGUUAUCAACGGGUUCCAAAGAUUCCAAGCCUGCAAAAGCUAUGAAAGCAGAAUUUGAAGGAGAUCAAAGUCUGAAAUACAUUGGGAGGAUAAUGUUUGCAUUUGUUUUGAUGUUUAUACUUGGUGGUCUCUUCACCGUAGCUCUUGAGAACCUUCCUAGACUGAUUUUACUCUUUACCAAUCCUUCCAUGUAACAGUUGACACUUUUCCAAGCACAGAUAUUUUGUGAUGUUUUAGUAGUUAAUAAGGCUGUUAGUUAUUUUCUAUCAAGGGACCCAUUUAUAGAACAUCUCGUGAAGAGCCCAUCAGUUUUGGGAAUAAUGUUUAUCUUGUUAAUUAUGGACAUGGUUGUAAAUUAAUACAGUGAUUGAUGAUUCUGAUUUGCUUGGUAA